CCAAGGCCUAGGAAGCCAACUUAGAUCCUCCUCUUCCUCCUCAAUCUCUGGCUGCGCCGGCACGCCCCCUAGUGGCCAGUGGCGCGCUCGCGUUCUGUCUCCAUUGUUUUCCCCAUGCGGGAAGGAAGCCCCGAAGGAGCCGCCAGCGAUGGGCGACAGCAACAAGCGCAAGGGCCGCCCCUCGCUGCAGGGCGCCGGCAAGAGGCCCCGCGGGGACGGGAAGCCAGGCGGUGAGACCCCGAAAGAGCCAGAUGAUUUUGAAGCUGAAAAACCCAAAAACACAAAACGUUUGCCCAAGGCUUCCUCCGAAAAAAAGAAGAAAAGAGAACAUGAAGAAAGUGUUUCUUCCUCCUCCUACAAAAAUGCAGAACAGAAGGCCAAAAAGCCCAGAGUUAAAGAGGAAAAUAGCGCUGUAGAAAGACAAAGAUCCUGUAAGAAGGGAGAGAGAUCCAGUGGCUUGCAGAGCAGUCCUCAAAAGAAAGAUAUAAAAAAAGAGAUCACCAUCAAAAAGAAAGAGGAAGAGGAGGAAAGUGAAGAUGAGUGGGAAGAUGUCGAAGAACUUCAUGAGCCUGAGGUAGAGUUGCUGGAAAAGGUUGCUGCACCAACGCUUCCCAAAGAAGCAGUUGAAAUAGAGAUUGAGACCCCAGAACAGGCAAAGAAAAGAGAGAGAAGAGAGAAAAGGCAGACUGAGUUUGAGACUUACCUCCGUAGAAUGAUGAAACGUUUCAACAAGGAAGUCCGCGAAGAUACUCACAAGGUUCACUUGCUGUGCCUCUUAGCAAAUGGCUUCUAUAGAAACAAGAUCUGUUGUCAGCCAGAUCUGCAAGCUGUUGGCCUUUCUAUCAUCCCCACUCGCUUCACUAAAGUGCCUGAAGAUCGUGUAGACCGUGUAUACCUCACAAACCUUGUGAAAUGGUUUGUUGCAACCUUCACUGUUAACAGUGAACUCUCGGAUAAUGAAGAAGGUUGGCAAGCUACCCUUGAGAGGCGUUUUGCUAUCUAUGCAGCACGAGAUGAAGAAGAAUUGGUCCAUAUAUUUUUACUUAUUUUGCGAGCGCUGCAACUGCUGUGCCGGCUUGUAUUGUCUCUACAGCCCAUUCCUCUGAAAGAAUCAUUGGAGAAGAAAAAGUCUUCCCCCAAAAAGCGUGCUUCUGCUGCAGUUUCUUCAGGAUUGCGUGGUGCUACUAAAAGGCCUAAGCUUUCAGUCCCAAAAUGUACAGGAUCACACAAGACCAAGCAAGAAGCAGAACAAGAGAAGGUUUCACCAAGGAGCCAGAAAGAGGACAAGAAACCAAACACCUCAGCGAAUAAGUCACCAGUGAUUAGAGGUGCUCAGAAAGGAAAGGAAUCUGCCAACCAUGAGAGCAACUUGAGGGAAAAGGAAGGCUUAGGAAAGCCCAAAAAUGACCGCCUACGAAAGGUGGCCUCGAAAGUGUCUUAUAAAGAGGAAAGUGGAAGUGAUGAAGGUAGCGACUCUGAAUUCUCUGCUUCAGAGGAAGAGGAGGAGGAUAGCAGUGGGUCUGAUGAAGAUUUUGAAACUCCAAGAAGGAAGCAAAAAUCAUCAUUAGUAACCUGUAAAGCAAAAGGUGCUUUUGAGAACAGGAAGAGAUCUGGGCCUUUGGUAUCAAAAGAAUACAAGAAUUCAAAGACAGUUGAUGCUCCACCACAGAAAACAGCCACUCCAUGUUCUUCAAGCCCAAUAAAGAAAAGGAACAAAAUCAUUUCUAGUGGUGAAGAUGAUGGGGGAGAACAAGGGGCAUAUAAAUUGAGAGGCGCAGACCAAUGGGCAGAGGUUUUUUUGGAACGGGAGGAUCGUUGGGUGUGUGUGGACUGUGUCCAUGGCACAGUUGGCCAGCCUUCACUGUGCUUCAAGUAUGCCACAAAGCCAGUGUGCUACAUUAUUGGCAUCGACAACACCGGGUAUGUCAAGGAUGUAACCCAGAGGUAUGACCCAGCAUGGAUGACCACAACAAGAAAGACUCGUGUGGACCCCCAGUGGUGGGAAGAUACCUUGGAGCCGUACAUAAGCCCUCUUGUGGAAAGAGAGAAGAAAGAAGAUAGAGAGUUUAUAGUUAAACAUCAAGAUCGGCCCCUGCCAACAUCCAUAGGAGAAUACAAGAACCACCCACUUUAUGCUCUGAAGAGGCAUCUUCUUAAAUAUGAAGCCAUCUAUCCUGAAACUGCUGCAAUCUUAGGAUAUUGCCGAGGGGAAGCAGUGUACUCCAGAGACUGUAUUCAUACGCUUCACUCCAAGGACACCUGGCUGAAGCAAGCUCGAGUGGUGAGGAUUGGAGAAGUGCCAUACAAGAUGGUCAUAGGUUACUCAAACCAUGCAAGGAAAGCACGAAAGGCAGAACCUACAAACCGGGACAAAAAGGACUUGCCGCUUUUUGGUUUCUGGCAGACAGAAGAGUACCAGCCCCCUAUAGCUGUGGAUGGAAAGGUUCCCCGGAACGAAUUUGGGAAUGUGUACCUCUUCCAACCCAAGAUGUUACCAAUAGGCUGUGUGCAGUUAAAACUUCCUAACCUCAAUAGAGUGGCACGCAAACUGGAUAUUGACUGUGUUCAAGCAGUUACUGGCUUUGAUUUUCAUGGUGGCUACUCACACGCAGUCACGGAAGGUUAUAUCGUCUGCGAAGAGUAUAAAGAGGUGCUUAUCGCAGCCUGGGAGAAUGAAGAGGCAGAGAGAGAAAAGAAGGAAAGGGAGAAGCGAGAGAGGAGGGUGCUGGGAAACUGGAAAUUGCUGGUGAAAGGGCUUCUGAUCAGAGAGAGACUGAAAGCACGCUAUUCUAUUAAGAAUGAAGCAGCAGGAGUCAUGGUUGAAAGAGGGUCUGGGUUCUCCUCUGAUGACGAUGAAGAAGAAAAAGGAGGCCCAAGCUCCGAGACCCCGGCUGAAGAUAUGGCUAUUUCCUGGCCCCAAAACCGACAAGUGGAGGAACAGAAUAAGGGAUCAAAAACAACAAGAAAGAGUGGAAGACAGAAGAAAGGAGAAGCCAAGCAUUUGUUUCCCUUUGAGAAGCUAUAACCAGAGGAGCAGUGAUGCUGGUUAUUUGUUGGGUCAAGCUUUAAAAAACCAAAACAACAACUUGGGUUUCUGUCAGGCUAGCUUGUAAAUAGAUUUUCCAGUUUGGAUAGGAAAUAAUGUAUGCCUAAAAGAUUUGAUGGAAGUAAUUUCUAGUUAUAUCUGUGUAUGUAUGUGUACGUAUGUAUGUAUG